UAUCCCAUUGAUUUCUGCUUCCCUUGCUUCCUUAGCCUUGUAAACUUCCCUCUCUCUCUCUCUCUUUCUCUCUCCCUGCUGCAAAUGUCUCUACUCACCAUUGAAUCUCCCAAGCACUGUGCCAACAAAGAAAUCAACGUUAAAAAAUUCUACAAGAAGUUCUUUUUUAUCUUCUCUUCAUUUUUCACCACAAUUCUUUCUCUAAUAUUCAUCGUCUGGCUUAUCCUUCACCCUGCCAAGCCACAAUUCUCCCUCCAAGAGGCUGACGUCUAUCAACUCAAACUCUCUUCCCCUAAUAAUCUUCUCAACUCCUCAAUCCAACUCACCCUUCUUUCCAAGAAUCCCAAUGAAAAAGUAGGCAUUUACUACGACGAGCUACAAGUUUACGCCGCCUACAAGGGUCAGCAGAUAACUGUGUAUACUCCUCUUCCUCCAUUCUACCAAGGACAUCAAGAUUCCAACCUCUUAACUGCAUCUUUGAUUGGAACUGGCCUCCCCGUGGCGUCCUCCUUCGGUUACGAAGUGGGUCGGGACCAGACCGCCGGAAAACUAUUUCUUAACUUAAAGUUGAAUGGAAGGCUCCGGUGGAAAGUUGGUACUUGGGUUUCCGGGAGAUACAGGCUUAACGUGAAUUGUGUUGCUGUUAUGGCUUUUGGACCUACUCUUCCAAGUGGCCCACUGAGCUCGAAGCAAGGGACUCUAUGUUCUACCACUGUCUGAAUAAGUAUCAUACUAACAAUACUAUAUAUGCCUGCGCUGAAUUAUGAUUUGUUUGUGAUUUUGUUGUGAAAAUCAGCUUUGCUGUAGUUUAAACUAUACGUUUUCAGUGACACCAUGAAUUGUCCGAGUCUUAUAAGGUGUCCAGUUUGAGUCUCAGUCAAAUAAAACAAAGUAUACGUGUGUUUCUGGUGCUGUCUUGCCAAGUAUUUUGUAAAUUAUAAUUAUAGUAAGUGAUAAGACAGAAAGUUCAAAUUUAUAAA